AUGGCGAACUUCCUAGCCUCGAUCUUCGGCACCGAGCAGGACAAGGUCAACUGCAGUUUUUACUUCAAGAUUGGCGCCUGCCGUCAUGGCGACCGUUGCAGCAGGAAACACGUCAAGCCAACCUACAGCCAGACCAUCUUGAUGCCAAACAUGUAUCAGAAUCCUGCAUACGACCCCAAGAACAACAUGAACGCAUCGCAGCUGCAAAACCACUUUGACGCCUUCUAUGAGGACCUGUGGUGUGAGCUAUGCAAAUACGGCGAGCUCGAGGAGUUGGUGGUAUGCGACAACAACAAUGACCAUCUCAUCGGUAACGUUUACGCCCGCUUCAAGUACGAAGACUCGGCCCAAAAGGCAUGCGACGAGCUCAACAGCAGAUGGUACGCCGCGAGGCCCAUAUACUGCGAGCUGUCACCUGUGACCGACUUUCGAGAAGCUUGUUGUCGACUAAAUAGUGGCGAGGGCUGCACACGAGGGGGCUUCUGCAACUUUAUACACCGCAAGAAUCCAAGUGAGGAACUCGACCGCGAGCUGGUACUCGCAACCAAGAAGUGGCUCAAGAUGAGGGGUCGCGACGAGCGCAGCGUCAGCCGCUCCCCUACACCUGAGCCAUCAAGGAGGCGGUUCUAG